GAGAAACGUUAGUGCACUCUGAUACUCUGCGGCACUCCAUCUGUUAGUGUGUCAGCACCAAAAUGGCAACAUGCAUGGAUUCGAUCAGUUGUUCGAUCUGCCUGGAUCCACUGAAGGAUCCUGUGGCUAUUCCCUGUGGACACAGCUACUGUAUGGGUUGUAUUAAGGAUUACUGGGAUCAGGAUCACCAGAAGGGUGUCUACAGCUGCCCACAGUGCAGACAGACUUUCAUUCCAAGGCCUGUUCUAAACACAAACACUUUGCUGGCUGAAUUGGUGGAGAGUCUAAAGAAAACAGGGCUUCAAGCUGCUCCUCUUGCUCACUGUUAUGCUGGACCUGGAGAUGUGGAGUGUGACGUCUGCACUGGGAGAAAACUCAAAGCCGUCAAGUCCUGUCUGGAGUGUCUGGCCUCUUACUGUGAGACUCACCUUCAACCUCACUAUGGAUCUCCUGCCUUUAAGAAGCACAAGCUGGUCAAAGCCUCCACACAGCUACAGGAGAAGAUUUGCUCUCGUCACGACAAGCUGCUGGAAAUGUACUGCCGUACCGAUCAGCAAAUUAUCUGUCACCUCUGUCUGAUAGGUGAUCAUAAAGGCCACGAUACAGUGUCAGCUGAAUCAGAAAGGGCUGAGAGACAGAGGCAGCAGGGAGAGAAACAGAGAAUCCAGAAGAUAGAGAAAAAGAUGCAAACGCUUAGACGUUCUGUGAAGUCACUGAAGCGGUCUGCACAGGCAGCAGUGGAGGAGAGUGACACGAUCUUUACUGAGCUAAUCUGCACCAUUGAGAGAAGGCGUUCUGAGGUGAAGGAGCUGAUAAAAGCCCAGGAGAAGGCAGCAGUGAGUCAGGCUGAAGGACUUCUGAAGCAAAUGGAGCAGGAGAUAGCCAAGCUGAGGAGGAGAGACGCUGAGCUGGAGCAGCUUUCACACACAGAGGAUCACAUUCAUUUCCUCCAGACUUUGCAGUCCCUCUGCGUCUCUCCUGGAUCUGAGGCCUUACUGAGCAUCACUGUCAACCAACAUGUCUCCUUUGAGGAUGUGAAGAAAUCAGUGUCUGAGCUGAAAAAUCAAAUAGAAGUUAUCUGCUCUGGGGAAAUUGCCAUGAUCUCUGCGAAAAUGACCGAAGUCAACAUUUUUCACCCCGUUGAGCCCUGUAGUCUCACGUCAUUCAGCACGCCUCAGUCUGGACUGUUAGCUGGUGAACAAGCGUCAUGUAGAAAUGAUACCACCUUUCAGAAGAUAAGGCCUGAACCCAAGACCAGAGAAGAGUUCUUGGAAUAUUCCUGCCAGCUCACAUUGGAUCCCAACACAGCUAAUAACUGGCUGUGUCUGUCAGAGGGGAAUAGGAAGGUGUCGUGGAGUCCAUGGAGUAAUAAGGCCCAGCCUUAUCCUGACCAUCCAGACAGAUUUUCCAUCUAUGAACAAGUCCUAUGUAGAGAGGGUCUGUCUGGAACCUGCUACUGGGAGGUAGAGUGGAGCGCAUUCAAGGCUUAUAUAGCCAUCUCUUAUAAAGGGAUUGGCAGAAUAGGACGUGGUGAUGAGUGUUGGUUUGGAGGCAAUGAUCAGUCCUGGAGUUUGGUGUGUUGUUCUAUCCUUGGCUGUUAUUUCUACCACAAUAACAAACGGACUGCCAUACAUGUGCCCCGCUCUUCCAGAAUAGUAGGAGUGUACCUGGACCAUAGGGCAGGAACUCUGUCCUUCUACAGCGUCUCUGACACAAUGACCCUCCUCCACAGAGUCCAGACCACAUUUAAUCAGCCCCUCUAUCCUGGGUUCUGGAUUUAUGCUGGAUCAUCUGUAAAGAUACUGAACCAGUGAUUAAUACCGGCAUGCUACUGUAUAUGACAUGUUCAACUAUCCAUGUUGCAAGAUUUUAGCAUUUAAAAAAUAUUUGAUCACUCUUCGCAAUGUCAGCACAUAGUUCUGAUAUCUACACUAAUAAUCCUCACUAAUCAUGGGAUUGUGGUGACAAUGGUCCAGUCCUCGUGAACUGUGCUCCAGGUUUAAACUGCUACAUAUGGUUUGCGUUCUAUAAUGAUUCAAAUAGGCUACAUGUCCCAAAUUAUUGAACAACUUGUAAUACGUUGGCCUUUGAAGAUGCCCUAUUGCUAGCGAUCCUCAGGAACAACCACACGAAUGUGACAGAGGAAAGAAAGUUCAACUAACAAUGCAAUGGAAUGAUUCAAAAUGUAAUUUGUAAGUCGCUCUGGAUAAGAGUGUCUGCCAAAUGACUUAAAUGUAAAUGUAAAUGUAAGGAAAUGAACACUAAAGUCAAUGAGAGUUAUAAAUGUAUGUGGGUCUAACUGGCGGUGAUGUCCUAGUGGCUAAUAUUUAACACGAUUCAAAAUUGUAAAGAACACUGUGAAAAGUCCGGGCAUAUAAUUAAAACAUUCUGGAGAUCCUAAAUCAACUGAUUUGGUGCUGUCGUGUCAUUUGCACAUGGCUACAGAAGGCUAUAGCUUGGGUCUCCAAAUUGCAUCCCAUUAUUAGACCAGUAUCUCAUAAAUGUCACUUUGGAAAAGGUGAUUUGUUGAUAUGCUUCAGUUUGCUGCUGUAUGACUGGUUUCACAUUUGUCUCCAGGGAUCAUAAGGUAAAAUAGGUCUAAAAUAAUUGCAAUUUAUGUUUACAAUUCCCUUAUCGAAACCGCUCACCCACUUAUUUACUCUUAUCAAUAGCUCCUAUCAAUUUGUAAAUGACAGUGAAUGGAGAACGGUGUUAUUUCUAUCAGAAAACAAAUAAAUGAGAUGUUCCACUUGGAACUGACAGGUUGCUCAACCUUAUUCAUAAUUUCAUCACACGUAAAGUUGGUGGAAUUAUGAGUGCAUUAAGUCAAUUGAUCUGUAGACACACCUCCACCACACCUUUAUUUAAAAAAAAAUCUCCACCCAAAACGAAUAGCGGGUGAAUGGCAUGCUUUUCUCAUGCUUAAGUUCAAGGUCCGUAUACACGUAGAGAGAAAAGAGCAUAAAAAGGGAAUUGUUUUCCAUUUACACUGCUUAACUUGGGUAGGAAUUCCCCCUUGGUGAAUAGAAUCCUAGAAUCCUAUUGACUCUUGGAACUAUGACAACCCAGUUCUAUGGUUCCAGUUUACUAUGGAACUAAUCCUGACUAUGACAGAUAUGAUGGAUUUUCAGGUCUAGCUUAAAUUUCACGUUUUAUUUCAGUCUAAAAAAAGACUUCUUGAGAAUUGAUUACAUUGUUGAUUGUAAUAUUUUGGUUUUAGUCAAACAGAAAAAGACAGAGGGAUGAGUUUCUACACAAAUACAUAUAUUGUGUGUGUUAGUUAGUUAAGUAUUGCUGUUCUUUUUUUGUGACCAAAUCUGUAUUCAUUAUUUUUUAUUGGAGGGGGGACUACAUACACAAUACAGAAAUGUAUAUCAUGUAAUACCAAAAAGUAACAAUACAUUUAUUAUGUAAAAAAUAAAAUAAAAAAAUAAUUGUGCCUCCACCCUUUCUGAACGGAUGUGUUAAUCAUUUCAAGUAACAGUGGAACUAAUUGGUUAAAAAAAAUUGUAUAGAUCUCAGUAGCAGUAUGUUAGGGGAAUUUUUUAUCAAUGAUGACUAAUUAUGUAUACAUUUCAAUCAGGACUGACUAAUCAGAAUACUAUUAUGUUACUGUAUAUGUAUGAAUUUUCUUUUUAAUCUUAGUACUGAAUAUAAUGUGUGCAAAUAUAAUCAAGAAUGAGAACAAUGACUGUCUGUACCAUGGUAGAAAUGAAUGAACUUAUAGCCAGUCUGGCUAGAAGGUUUAUCUACACAAGCUGACCUUGGCUCUGUCAUAUAUUAUCUUAACAGGGAGAGACAUGUGAGAACCAUACAGCCAUUGUACUAGAGCGGAGAUGACACGGGUUAGUACUAAAACUAAUGACGUCAUUUUCAGUUUAUUACCUGUGGUAAAAUGUGUAAUGGGCAGUACUCUCGUGAAUAAAAGCUGCUGAUUGACUUUAA